CCUAUUCCCUCAAGCUAUGCAGGUUCUUCUUCCUUCUGCACUCGCUUCCAGCCCUAACCCUAGCCACGCGCACUUCAAAAUUUCCUCAUCAAGGAGAUCUUCUUCUUCCGCUCGUAAUGCUGGAUGGAUGGAUGGACGUGCUGAUGUGAUGAUCCCUUCUUAUUGUUGCGCCAACGCCGCGAACGAGCCGCCCUAUGAUGGGUGAGGCAUAGUGAAUCUGCCCCUACCUGUAUUUGGAGGCGGACAGGAAUAACUUGUAGGGCAAUCGCGCGGUGAAUCGGCAGUUGAAGGUGCCAAAUGACAAAACCGCAUUUGGUUUUACUGUUCAUGCAGGGCUUAUUUGUAUUGUUCAGGACUCAGGAGAUUAGUCAGGGUUCAGAGUCAUUGGAUCUAAUUCAUGUGAUUUGUGCGUUCCUCUGUCAGUAUAAUCCACGCUGAUGACAAUGGGCAUAAAUUUUCCCCAAGAGAUGUCUUCCCAUCAAAUUGAGCUAUCUAAUACUUAUUUUUUAGAUUGUUAGUGCAUUGAAAUUUAAAAGAAAUUAAUUUAUCGGUUGAUUAUUUUCUUUCUCCCCAACCUUUUCAUGAUAGCAGUUUUCUUAAUCACUAUUUGAAAGUACCGAUUUUCAUUUCUUAACAGAUAUGUUGACUGAACAAUAUGACAAUACUGAUGAUGUUGACAUUGAUGAGCUAGCUGGUUCCAUGAGGGCAGAUCUAAAUCGUCGCAUUGCACUGAAUGAGUAUCGAGGGAAUGGAAACAAAUGCUGCCUUAUAUGCAAAAUAGUAUGCUGAAUUCGUCAGAAUGAUAGGAACGCAUAUGAACCAAGUGUUCUCUCAAUUGGCCCUUAUCACCAUUCAGAGUUGCCUCUGCUUGCCAUGGAAACAGAGAAGUGGAUAUGUGUAGACUACAUUCUUAAGCUAAACCAUCAUGUUAGCUUGCGUGAGUACCCGAGCUUGCUUUCUGGGCUGGAGAAACAGGUAAGAGGCUGUUACAGUGAGGACAUAGACAUGGACAGUAAGGAGUUCUUGCAGAUGCUUCUGCUGGAUAGCUGCUUCAUUCUUGUUUAUCUUGGAGGUAUGCAAGGGAUUUGCAGGGCUAAAGACACACAUGAAGCUUCUGUUGAUGGUCAUGGGAUCCAAGAAGAUAGUGAUACUGUUGAUGGUAUAAUAGUUCUGCUGUGUAUGACCUACUGCUGCUGGAGAAUCAAAUUCCCUUCUUCGUUAUUAGGGCCAUUUAUCAGCUGUUCUCUCGUGAUACCAUGGCGACUACACCAUUACUUACAAGUGAUAUUUCUGAAUUCAUGGAAGGCAUUCUUUACCAUUUCCCAAAAGCAAUCACUGAGGAGAAUAGGCCAGUAGACUUUUACCAUCUGCUACAUCUGUGCCGUAUGUACCUGAAGCCUGGUCACAAGGUGGAGGAUAAACAGCAUCAUGGUCAUGCUGGAAAGUCUCACUACUUUGACUAUAUAUCUGAUUUUGGCCAAAAGGUCUUCUGUGUUGGACAGGAGCAAAACAUGUUAUAUGAAUUAAGCAAGUUGAAUUCACCAGAGCAUGUUUAUCGGUGGCGUAGAGCAGUGGACUAUCAUGAGGCAGGAAUAGAAUUCAAGAAACGGGACUUUCAUGAAGAAGACCCUCAUUCUUUGUUGGACAUUAGAUUCAGGAAAGGAGUCAUGGAAAUACCAUGUUUGCCAAUCGAUGAUAAAUCUUCUUUGCUUUUCAGAAAUCUUGUUGCUCUUGAGCAAACAUGUCCUCAAGUCAGCGACGACAUCACUGCUUACAUUGUGCUCAUGUCUGAAUUUGUCAGUACAGCUGCUGAUGUUGCACUUCUUGCACAGAAAGGGAUAAUAGUCCAUCAGAUGGAAAGCGAUGAGGAAGUGUCGACUCUCUUCACCAAACUUUUUGAGUAUGUGGCAUUUGACUUUAGAGGUGAACACUACCUGAAAUCCUUAUAUUGUGCCAUGGAAGCACAUUACCAAAGUCGUCUAAAUAGGUGGAAUGCAUGGCUGUGGCACAAUCAUUUCAGCAAUCCGUGGUUAGGUUUUGCUGCAAUAACUUCCGCUUUCAUAGUAUUAUGCAGUAUUUUGCAAACUGUUCUUGCUUUCUUAUCGUACACAGCAUAAACCUAGAUAAAGCAAAAGAGUAUGUUUCAGGUGCAUCCCGCCUUCGCACCGCUUUUUUUUUUUUUUAUAUGGAAUGAUUCCAUUACCUCAUAGACCCAGUGAUAUCACUGCUCACCAAAACCUCCACCCCUGGGGGAAUAUCGUCCCACCUAAGGAUGUCAUAGAGUUCCACAUUACAUCUCAGCACCGCUUUUUUUUUUAUCAACGCGUCCUCGAGUAGUACCUGUUAAUGACCAAAUUUGGUAAUAUCAGCAUCGGAAGAGGAGUCUAGAUCGAGGUGGAGUCGAAGGCGGAGAUUGAUUCGAGAACAGAGCAAGAAUCGGCUGAAGUCCAGAUCGGCUACGAUUAGGAUCGGCUGGGUCUAAGUCGGGCUAGGUAGGCCGAUGCAGCCGAUUCCGACAGUAUAAUUUGGUAUAUGACAUUGGGUUGAAUUGAGGUGCUUCAAGAUGAUUGCCGCACAUGGAUAGAGUCCUGAUAAGGCAAUUGUAUCUAUUAAUUAGGAUGUUUUAUGUAACUUCCUUAGAGAUAUGUUUGGGCAAAAGUCUGCCGCAAAGACUUAUGGUAUCUUAGAGUUUGUUAGAGAUAGUGGUCGUGUCCGGUAUGGACAUAUCUUGUAAUUCUCGGGUAUAAAUAGACCCCGAGCCCUAUGUAUUUUUAACACACACGUUCAAUACAAUUUCGGCGCAUCGCCACCUUUUUGCUU